UACGGGCGGCCUCAGCGGCCCCGGCGGCCUCAGCGUCCCCGUUAGCUCCGCGCCCAGCCCCGCGCGGCCCGCAGCGCCGGGAGGAUGUCGCGGCCCGUCAGGAACAGGAAGGUGGUGGAUUACUCCCAGUUUCAGGAAUCAGAUGAUGCUGAUGAUGAUUAUGGAAGAGAUUCAGGCCCCCCAUCCAAGAAAAUCCGCUCAUCUCCCCGAGAGGCCAAAAACAAGAGGAGAUCUGGCAAGAAUUCUCAGGAGGACAGUGAGGACUCAGAAGACAAAGAUGUGAAGACCAAGAAAGAUGAUUCACACUCAGCAGAUGAAGAUUUUGGCAGUGAGGACGACGACGUGGGAGCCGACGACGGCAAAGCCGACAGCGACUACGAGAGCUCCCAAAAAAGCAAAAAAGGAAAAAAGGCCAAACCAGACAAGAACAAGAGAGCAGCCUCCAAAUCCAGGAAAAGGCCUGCAGAGGACAGCGAGGAUGAGAAGGAAGAUCACAAAAAUGUUCGUCAGCAGCGGCAGGCGGCCUCCAAAGCAGCCUCCAAACAGAGGGAGAUGCUGAUGGAGGAUGUGGGCAGUGAGGAAGAGGAGCAGGAGGAUGAUGAGGCACAGUUCCAGGAGACAGAUUCAGGAAGUGAUGAAGACUUCCUCAUGGAAGAUGAUGAUGACAGUGACUAUGGCAGUUCAAAAAAGAAAAACAAGAAAGUCUCCAAGAAAUCCAAGCCAGAGAGGAAAGAAAAGAAAAUGCCCAAGCCCAGGCUAAAGGCUACAGUGACCCCCAGCCCAGUGAAAGGCAAAGGGAAGGCAGGUCGCCCCACAGCUUCCAAGGCAACAAAAGAAAAAACCCCAUCCCCAAAAGAAGAGGAUGAAGAACCUGAAAGUCCCCCAGAAAAGAAAAAAUCAGCCAGCCCUCCACCAGAAAAAUCAGGGGAUGAGGGCUCUGAAGAUGAAGCACCCUCUGGUGAAGAUUAAAAGGCAGUUGAGAGGAAAAAAAAAAAUCUUUGUUUAAAAAAAAAAAAGAGGAAAAAAAAAAAGAAAAAGGAAAAGAAAACAACACUUAGGGGUAGAACACGGUUUUGGCUGUGGCUUGACUCAUGGGCUUUGAAUGCUAUCUUUAUUUUCAGCUGGUUAAUCCAGUGAAAUUCUUUUUUAAUAAGAGAAAAACCCUUCUCUACAGUGAGAUUUUCAAGUCAGAAUGUUCUCUGUUGGUCAUUCUGUUCUCCCUCCCCUGCCAAAUCUGAAAAGCCAUUUGAGACAAAUUAGAACAAACCAUUGGAUUUCUGUUCAAUAUUGGAUUUCUGUUCAAUAUUGGAUUUCUGUUCAAUAUUGGAUUUCUAUUCAAUAUUGGAUUUCUAUUCAACAUUCGAUUUCUAUUCAAUAUUGGAUUUUUAUUCAAUAUUUGAUUUCUUUCCAAUAUAUGAUUUUUUUUUCAAUAUAUGAUUUUUUUCCAAUAUUUUAUUUUAUUUUUUUUCCCAAGGGAUACUGCAGUUGUGAAGCAAUAAGGUUUGAGACUGAUCUGUGGAAAAAAAACCAUACUUACAAAUCCUCAAGUAGAAUUAGAUUUUUUUCCCCCAGUGCUGGUAAGAGCUGUUUAAAAUUAUUCUUCUAUAUUUGGAAUAUGUGGAGAAAAAAAAAAUAAUCAAGUUUUGUUUGAACAGAUUUAAGAUGAGUUUAGUCUCAGCAAAAAUAAUUCCAGAGGAGGAGGAGGAUGGAGCACAGGGAGGAAUCCUGUGUUUUUUGGAUUUAGGCACGUUUUUCAUGGAAAACAAUCAAGAAAUUCUGAGAUGCUCCAGUGUCUUUGAUUUUAUAAAAAAUCCUUCAGAUGUUUUGUCUCUGCUGGAUAGAAAACUCUUAAUUGCAGCCCAUUCCAGAGAAAUUCAGGUUUUCAGCCUUCAGCUUUCCCAUGUCCACUCACCCUUUUAUUCCUUCUCUAGAGGGGCAGAACAGGGAGGAGAAAUUGGAAAAUCAUUUUGAAACCUGCUGUUCAUUGGGUAUGGUGGGAAAUGGUUUUAUUAUGGAUUUUUGCAAGGAAAAAAAACCCCAAAAUAACAGAUAAUGUAACGUGAGAUUGUUGGGGUGAGCAGAGGAUUGCCCUGAGCCAGCCCUGGGUGUUCCUUCCCUCCCCUCCCCUCCCUCCUGUGCCCUCACAGAGCCCCAGGGAUCAUGGCUGGCAUGGCGGGCACAGCGGGCACUGCCUGUGCCCACCCUGCUGCUGUGGGCUCUGUGGGGUCAGCUGCCCUCAUACCUGU